AUGUACAGGCUGUUUACGUCGCGAAGAAGACUGUUCAUUUGCGGAAUCGACGAGAACUGCUGCUUCGAGUCAAAUUUUCUCUCGACAAAAUGCGCUGCCAAAUGUUCCAGCCUCCGAAGGGUUUCAAGUGCCGAAAGAGCUUCAUUAUACGCCGAGGAGCUUGUUGGAUCUUCGUCUUAUGCAUCACUACAGCGUUUCACGGCAAGGACCUUCUCUGACAAUUUCGACGAGAACGUGGUGAAGGCUCUUCAGGUCGAUCUUCCCCGUCUGGCGUUUGAGCAUGAUUUCCUUAUGGAUGCCCUUCUUUUCGCUGCAAUGGUGCACCUAAUUUGCAGUGGUACACCGGUUGAAACCCUGCCCUUGUUUACCUAUCGUGAUCAGGCGCUGCGAACACCACGCGGAGCGGUCGAAAAUGUAUCAAUCACUAACACUCACGCUGUGAGAGGCGCGUCAGUCUUGCUUGCAGCCGUCUCUUUCCCGGCCGACCGAAUAGCAAAUCAACCUGGUCUGUUGAUGUCCAAUUGGAUGGCUUUAGCUCUUGGUCAACGAAACUUCCGAGCAAUCCAUAAAGUCGAAACUUUGACGCCCGGCGAAAAGAGCUCCAUAUCGACUUACUCUGAAAAAUUAUUCGACUUCUACGCUUACAAGACCGUGGCGAUGAACGAGUUCCCUAACAUGGUCUAUUUACUCGGCCCAAAUUCGGGCAGUGGACACACAUCGGUCCUUUCUACGACCGAGUGCUCAGUGAAUCUCGUCAUUAGGAUUGCACGUCCUAUUCUCCAGCGACAGGCAUCAAUUGUCGAGGUGUUCAAUGGGGCUGAGCUUGAGUGGUGUGACACCAUACUGCUCUUCCAAUCUCAUUGA